AUGGCCUCGAGCAACGACGACACCGCAGCCUCUGUCAACACCGGCGGCGGCGGCGGUGGUGGCCCGGUGCCCGUCGGCAGUGGCAACUCGUUACGCGGUCUCGGGAACCAGCAACACCAUGGCCAAGACCAUGACCGAAACGAUGGUCAAACCCUUCACCAUGCCCUUCGCAGCAGUGCUCAGGGAAGCCCUCACGGCCAUUUGCACCACCACCAUCCUCACCACGCGCGGGAUGAUGACGUCGAAACUGGCUCCGGCCCCUCCCUCGACUCCGCCGACCUCGUCACCGCCGCCGAGUCGCAGAACCUCAAGCGCGGCCUCAAGCAGCGCCACCUUUCCAUGCUCGGCAUCGCCGGCGCCAUCGGCACCGGCCUCUUCCUCGGCCUCGGCAGCGCCGUCCAGCGCGGCGGCCCCCUCGGUGCCCUGCUCGGCUACGCCACCAUCGGCCUCGUCGUCUGCGCCGUCCAGUUCGCCCUCGGCGAGGUGGCCGCCCUGCUCCCCGUCACCGGCGCCUUCGUCCGUCACGCCGAGUUCUUCGUCGACCCGGCCUGGGGCUUCGCCAUCGGCUGGAACCUCGUCUACGGCAACCUCCUCUCGAUCCCCUCGGAGAUCACCGCCAUCUGCGUCCUCUUCCAGUUCUGGACCGACAUCAACCCCACCGUCUUCAUCGUCAUCUUCAUCCUCCUCACCGCCCUCCUCGGCUUCGCCCUCGUCCGCGUCUUCGGCGAGGUCGAGUUCUACUUUGCCCUUCUCAAGAUCCUCCUCGUCGUCUUCCUCGUCAUCCUCGGCCUCGUCAUCGACCUCGGCGGCAUCCCCGGCACCCCGGCCCUCUACUUUCGCUACUGGAGCCGCCCGGGCCCCUUUGUCGAGUACCUGGCCGCCGGGAGCUGGGGCAAGUUUCUUGGCUACUGGAGCGUCAUGACCGGCGCCGUCUUCUCCUUCGCCGGCAUCGAGAGCAUCGCCAUGGCCGGUGCCGAGACGAGGAACCCGCGCAAGGCCAUCCCGGCCGCCUGCAAGAACGUCUUCAUCCGCAUCGUCCUCUUCUACCUGGUCGCCAUCCUCAUCGUCGGCAUGCUCGUCUCCAGCGACGACGCCCGCCUCGACGGCGACAGCGGCAACGCCGCCCAGAGCCCCUUUGUCAUCGCCGCCUCCGCCGCCGGCAUACCUGCCAUCCCCUCCGUCGUCAACGCCGUCGUCAUCACCUCCGCCUGGUCCUCCUCCAACCAGGCCCUCCUCGCCGGCACCCGCGUCCUCUACGGCCUCGCCCUGAAGCGCCAGGCACCCCAGGUCUUCCUGAGGACGACGUCUUGGGGCGUUCCCUACGUCUGCGUCGGGCUCUUUGCCGUCUUCAUGCUUCUGAGCUUCAUGAGCCUGUCGAGCAGUGCCCUGGCCGCCUUCUUCUGGCUCGUCCACCUCACCGCCGCCGGCGUCCUCGUCUCCUGGAUCUCCAUACUGCUGAAUCACAUUCGCAUGAGGCUGGCCUUCAAGAAGCAAAACAUUCCUCUCGCCCGACUGCCCUGGCACAAUUCGUGGACCAUCUACAGCUCCUACUUUGCACUUGUCAUGUGCGUCCUCAUCCUUCUCACCAGCGGCUUCAAAAACUUUGUCAACGGCCACUGGAACGCUGGCGAUUUCGUUUCGGCCUACCUGGACAUACCCCUCGUUCUCGGUGCCUAUUUGAUUUGGAAAUUCGUCAAGGGCACCAAAUUCGUUGCCCUCUCUGACAUUGCCCUUCGCGACGCGCUGGACCAGGCCGAUGAAAAGUACUCGGCCCUCAAUCGGACGUAG